UGAUGUGAAGCGUUGAGUUAGCCGGCCAAGGUCGAUUCGGCCGGCAUUUUGAGGCCAAACAGUAUUAUUUGAGGAUCAAAACAUUGUUUAAAAGAAAAUAUUCCAUUUGGAGACAAUUAAGUAAUCUUCUUAACCCUUCAUUCCCUGCAUUCUUCAUCCCAUACUACCAAUUAUGGGAUCCUCCUUCAGUUGCUGCGGUUCAGAGAAGGUUGAAGAAGGGCCAACAUCAUUUGGGUCAGUUAACAAUUCAUGGAGAAUAUUUACAUACAAGGAGUUGCAUGCAGCUACCGGCGGGUUCAGUGAUGAUAAUAAGCUUGGUGAAGGUGGGUUUGGAAGUGUCUAUUGGGGAAGAACUAGUGAUGGUCUCCAGAUAGCGGUGAAAAAACUGAAAGCAAUGAACUCAAAGGCAGAGAUGGAAUUUGCAGUGGAAGUUGAAGUUCUUGGAAGGGUUAGGCACAAAAAUUUACUUGGUCUCAGGGGAUAUUGUGUCGGCGAUGAUCAACGGCUCAUAGUCUACGAUUACAUGCCGAAUCUUAGCCUGCUUUCUCAUCUCCAUGGCCAAUUUGCUGUUGAAGUGCAACUGAACUGGCAAAAGAGAAUGAAGAUUGCAAUUGGUUCUGCAGAAGGAAUUCUGUACUUGCAUCAUGAGGUCACACCCCACAUUAUCCAUAGGGACAUCAAGGCAAGCAAUGUGCUUCUGAACUCAGAUUUCGAGCCUCUAGUCGCGGAUUUUGGUUUCGCAAAGCUGAUCCCAGAAGGCGUUAGCCACAUGACAACCCGAGUUAAGGGUACCUUGGGAUACUUGGCACCUGAAUAUGCCAUGUGGGGAAAAGUCUCAGAAAGCUGUGAUGUCUAUAGCUUUGGAAUUCUUCUGUUAGAGCUAGUAACCGGUAGAAAGCCGAUAGAGAAGCUCCCGGGCGGCGUUAAGAGAACUAUAACCGAGUGGGCUGAGCCUUUGAUAUCUAAAGGAAGGUUCAGGGAUUUGGUUGAUCCAAAGCUCAGAGGGAACUUUGAUGAAGAUCAAGUCAAACAAACUGUGAAUGUUGCUGCUCUUUGUGUGCAGAGUGAGCCUGACAAGCGACCUAACAUGAAGGAAGUGGUUAAUCUUCUGAAAGGGCAUGAACCUGAUGCGAAAGUUACUAAGAUGAGGAUGGAUAGUAUCAAAUAUAAUGAUGAACUUUAUGCACUUGAUCAACCUAGUGAUGAUGAUGAAGAUUAUGAUGUAAGUGCUAGCUAUGGUGUUUUUAGUGCCAUUGAAGUGCAAAAGAUGAAUGAUCCUUAUAGGCGCGGCGGUAACACGAGAAUGGGCUAAAUAAAAGUAAUGAACUUAUGUAUUUUUGUGAUUUGAAAAGACUUUCGAAUUUGUUGGUAAUUGAAUCAGCUUCUUAAUUAGUAUCACUUUCUGUAAUGAUUAAUUUGUUCAUCUUAUUCUCUUGAA